AUGGCUGUACGCUCGGUGUGGAACCGGGUGCGGAUUAAUCAGAGAUGGAGAGCUUUUGGCGACUUCAGCUUCUACAUGUUCUACUUUGCAACAUGGAUACCCGUGGUCGUCAUGCUCAAAUCCUACGUGGGUGAAGUCGUCUCAAUCAAUGGACCUUCAAUGUACCCCUACCUCAACUCGGACAAAGACUCGAGUCUCCGCCGGGAUCUCGUGUGGAGUUACAAGUUUCGGCCUCAGGAGGGUUUGGCUCGGGGAAUGAUCAUUACAUUUUGGAGUCCUUUGGACCCAGAAAAGGUGGUAGUCAAGAGAAUCAUUGGACUCGAGGGAGACAUCAUCCGGACCCGCGAGCCAUAUCCUGCUCGUACAGUGCAGGUGCCGGUCGGUCAUAUCUGGGUUGAAGGAGAUGGUGCUGCGCGAGACACGCUCGACAGUGAAACAUAUGGGCCUAUUUCCACGGGACUGGUGAUUGGUAAAGCUACGCACAUAUUGUGGCCGCUUCAUAAAGCUGGGAGGAUCAAGUGGUGGGAAUACGCCGGCAAGUUCAGGAAUCCCGAGGGCAGAAUGCAAUAG